GCAGGGCCCUGGGCCUUCUCCCGCUCCCCAGGACCGGCUCCAAGAGGGGGACACCCCCCAGGACUGGACGUCCGGAGUCUCGGCGUGGGAAAGAGACCUCUUCCCCCGUCCGGGGGGAUGGGGGGUCCGGGGGACUGCUGAUGUGCUGGGAAUCCGGACCCCCGGGUCCCUCCCCACCCAAGCGGGCCCCCCCUCCUCUCCUCCUCCUCCCCCGGGGGGUGGGGGGACGGGAAGGAAGGGGGGUCCCUGCCGCCCCCCGCCCCCCCGGGCCAUGACGGAGCCGAGGCCCAAGGGUCCCCGGGCCGGUCCCUCGUUGGAGGCCGCCACCCUGCCCCGCACGCUCGACGCCUGCUCCUCCUCGUCGUCGUCGUCGUCGUCGUCGUCGUCGUCGUCGUCCUCCGCCUCCCCGUCCCGGCCGGGCGGGCAGGGCGACCGAAAGGCGGCCGGGGGCGAGCGGGCGGGCGGCUGCCCCGGGCCCCCUCCGGACAAGGCCCCCGGGCUGCUGGACGGCGUGCUGGACACUCUGCUGGACGCUCCGGCCCCCGCGCUGCUCCACCUGGGGCCGGGGCCCCUGCUGGCCCUCGACCCGGCCUUCCUGGCCACCAGGACCCGCCGGCUGCUGGAGGGCGAGCCCGGCCCCCGGCCCUCGCCCCCCGGGCCCUCGCCCGCCCCCUUCCCCGACUACCCUUACCCCCCGGACCUCGACCCCAAGGACCAGCCCUACCCGCUCUUCGGGGACUUCCAGGCCGCCCCGCUGAAGAUCAAGGAGGAGGAGGAGGGCGGGGACCCUCCGCCGCCCCGGACUCACCUCCUCCCGGCCGGCUGCCCGGAUUACCCCCCGGCCGGCCCCCAGCCGCCGCCGCAGAGGCAGGGCGAGGCGGGGCCCGGCUCGGGGGUCUCCCUGCUCCUGCCGCCCGCCCCCGCCUCUCCCGGGGCCGCCUCGUCCUCCUCCUCCAGCCUGGAGGGCGCCCUGUACAAGGCGGAGGCCCAGCCGCCGCCGCCGCCGCCUCUUCCUCCGGGCGGCCCUCCCGCCGGCCCCCCGGGGCCCUUCGGCCCCCCUCUCUGCAAGGGUCCGGCCGGGCCCGGGGGGCUGUUCCCUCGGGACGGCCUCCCCUCCACCUCGGCCUCCGCCUCCCCGGGCCUCUACCCCCCUCUCGGCCUCAACGGGCUCCCGCCGCUGGGCUACCAGGCGGCCGUCCUCAAGGACGGGCUGGCCCAGGUCUACCAGCCCUAUCUCAACUACCUGAGGCCAGAUACUGAAGCCAGUCAGAGUCCACAAUAUGGUUUCGAAUCAUUACCUCAGAAGAUUUGCUUGAUAUGUGGUGAUGAGGCUUCUGGUUGUCACUACGGGGUACUUACCUGUGGAAGCUGCAAGGUCUUCUUUAAGAGGGCGAUGGAAGGUCAACAUAACUAUUUAUGUGCUGGAAGAAAUGACUGUAUAGUUGACAAAAUUAGAAGAAAAAACUGUCCAGCAUGUCGACUAAGAAAGUGCUGCCAAGCAGGCAUGGUCCUUGGAGGUCGGAAGUUUAAAAAAUUCAAUAAAGUCCGAGUUAUGAGAGCAUUAGAUGCUGUAGCUCUCCCACAACCAAUGGGCCUACCAAAUGAAAGCCCAGGUCUAGCCCAAAGGCUCUCCUUUUCGCCAAGUCAAGAAAUACAGUUUGUUCCCCCACUCAUCAACCUGUUAAUAAGCAUUGAGCCGGAGGUCAUCUAUGCAGGAUACGACAACACGAAACCCGAAACGCCAAGCACUUUGCUGACCAGUCUAAAUCAGCUAGGCGAGAGGCAACUUCUUUCUGUGGUCAAAUGGUCCAAAUCAUUGCCAGGGUUCCGUAAUUUACAUAUUGAUGAUCAGAUAACUCUUAUCCAAUAUUCGUGGAUGAGUCUAAUGGUGUUCGGAUUGGGAUGGAGAUCUUAUAAACAUGUCAGUGGCCAGAUGCUGUAUUUUGCACCGGAUCUGAUCCUAAAUGAACAGCGGAUGAAAGAAUCGUCAUUCUACUCAUUAUGCCUAACCAUGUGGCAGAUCCCACAGGAGUUUGUCAAACUUCAAGUUACCCAAGAAGAAUUUCUCUGCAUGAAGGCAUUGCUACUGCUUAAUACAAUUCCUUUGGAAGGGUUGAGAAGUCAGGCCCAGUUUGAAGAGAUGAGAGCCAGCUAUAUUAGAGAACUCAUUAAGGCAAUUGGCUUGAGGCAAAAAGGAGUUGUUUCCAGCUCACAGCGUUUCUAUCAGCUCACAAAACUUCUGGACUCCUUGCACGAUCUCGUGAAGCAGCUUCAUCUGUACUGCCUAAACACCUUCAUCCAAUCCCGGGCCCUCUGCGUUGAGUUCCCAGAGAUGAUGUCAGAAGUAAUUGCUGCCCAAUUACCCAAGAUCCUAGCAGGGAUGGUGAAACCUCUUCUCUUUCACAAAAAGUGAAUGCUAUUUCUUUCUUCUUUUAAGAAAUUAAAUUCUGUGAAAUUGCUUUCCAGUUUUGGUUUGGCCAGCGAUUUUGAUGUCUCCAGAUUUUAAAAUAUUCUGCCUGAAGCCUUAUAUCUGUAACGUGGAGUAAAGUUCGUGGUCAGAUCUUAAGAUUCCAAUUCAAAAGUAUAACUGUCGUCUUGCAUAAGAAUUGCGAUGUAUCCUUAAAAAAAAUCCAUAGGACGUUACAGUAUGAGUACUAGUCUAAAAAUUGAAUUAAAUUAAUUUCAUUCAUCUUUCAUAUGAGUGACUAGCUAGAACAUUUCAUCUUUUAAGUAAAUGGACAAAAGUAAAUUUGCAGUAAGUAAAGAGAAAUGAACAGGAAAUAAAAUGCUCACUGCA